AUAAAAUAUUUGAAGUUAUUUUUUUUAAAUAAUUUAUUUGUGAUGUCAAGAAUAUUUCAUUUUUCAUAAGAAAUGAUAAUCACGGAAUUCAUUAAUUCAAGCGAUCCAAGCACAUUCAUGGAAAAAUUUUGUAGAUCAAUACAUCCCGAUUUGGAUUUGGGAACAACGUGCAUUAACUGGUUUCGACAGGCCACAACCAAGUGCUCCACUCUAAUGGCGAAUGUUAAGGACCCAACUAAACACCUCUGGGCUUCGCUAAUGGAUUUCAUAUUUCCCGAAAGGCAAACAGGACUCAUUUCAAAACAAAUACCAUUAACGAUGCAUCCACACCAUUUGACUUUAGACGAUUGCCAGUCACUGUUCAAUGACAUAGUCGAGGAUUAUGUGAGGAGAGCUCCCCGUUAUUCAGAAGAAACCAAGACAGUUGUCAGGUUAUGGCAGAUUUUGUAUUCCAUGGUGGGAAUAAUGUUUUUGCUGUCAUUGCUAUUGUUUGUGAAAUAUCUUCAUGGAAGAGGAAGAAGGCCUCUCAAAAUAGCGGCCAAAGCAGAGGAAUGUUCACAUCCUACCAAAUGUCUGCAGGCUGCAGCCAGGAGAAGUUUAAAUUUGGCCAAAUGUGAAAAUCGCCAUCUACGUGUUCUGCCGUUGGUUCAGCCGGCUGAACUCAUUACUCCUGAUGGAGCACCGGUUUUGGCCAUAAAACUGAAAUCGAAAUAUGAUCUGAUAGGGUCGAAGAAGAUUUUGGGUACUAUGGAGGCUGACAGCAGACUAUAUAGCGCACUAAAAAAUGAUGAAAGAGCUUUGAAAGAAUGCAAAAUUCAAACCAUUGCAAAGGCUUUGGAAAUUAUUGGCAACACGACAAGAAAAUUACAUUUGUUAAUAUGUUUUGAAGAUGAUGCCAUCUUUGAAGAAGAAAUUCUUGAGAAAACGAAGGUGGAAGAACUUAUCCCACAAAAGAGCAAAAUUCCCGUAAUUCCAAGUAAAAUAAAAUCGCCGACUAGUCUUCGAAGAAAAGCUUCACCCAAAACAUCGGGGGUGGAAAAUCUUGGCAAGAGCUCUCCACGUUUUGGGGGUAACGUAAAUAGAAAGCCGGUUGAUUCGAUAGGAGAUUCUGGUUCUCCACGUUCAAGUUUUAUUAGCAAAAGAAGUUCUGUUAUGUCCACCGCAUCAUCACCGUCGCAUAGUCCUCGGAAAGCCAUAGCUGUACAAAAAAAUCGUAAGACCUCCCAAAACACUUCACCAAGAAAAUAGAAAAAAAAAAAACUUGUAUUUUUUUUUUUGAGUUGUGAACUAUGUUAUUCAUACUUCAAAUACAUUUUUUUUUUAAUUUGUGAAGUUUUGUCUGGUCUUUUUGAUU